UGUUGCUGUUGCUGUUGCUGUGGUGGCGGUGGCGGUAGUGGUAUGGUAGUGAUGUCAGCUUUAACUUUAUGCUUGCCCUCCCAUAUGUCGGCUGCUUCGCGACCCGCGUUUGUUUUGGCUUUCUUGUUGCUUUCGUUCUGUUGGUGUUCCAAAGCAAUAAGAUCGCGCUUUGAGCUGCGCUUAGGUUUGCCUUUCGUUGGUAGAGAUUUUGGCUGCUCCAGUUGCUUGAUGUCCAUAAAAAGAUCAUCGCUGAUGGCUUGCAAAUGGCGUAGAAGAGUUGAGCGUUGCUUUUGGUCAGGAAAUCGAUGCAACAUAGUGGUGAUACGCGUGAGCUCAGCCUCGAUUUGACUCUCCAUGGUGGGAGCAGAAUAUGAUUCCGAGAUCGCUAGAAUGUUGCUGCUACUGUGGAGUGUUUCUUCCUCUUCAGGAGCUGUUUUUUUAGGAUGGAGAUGCCAGCGUCUAGGGAUAAUGCUCAAAGGAAUUUUUCCUUUAGACGGUAUCAUGUGACAGCAAGGAAUUCCG